AGUCAGUUUACACUGUAUUCACAUACCGGAUUACUGGAUUUUGCGAUGUCAAAGCGUAGAGCCGAUGUGGAGUUGAAUCAAGAUAACUGGGACAAAGAGUUUGAAGUGAAAGAUUCGGGUACAUUCGAGAGGGCAAAUAGGAUAGCCAUUUCUGACCGCAAGAUAUUGACAGCCAAAUCGAGGAAAUCAGCGGUAUGUUCGGUGUUUUAUGACUCCAUUGCAGGGUUAUGGUACUUCGGGAAUUUUUAAAUCCUUUACGGGAUUUUCAGAAAGCAUGACCAAUGGUCAUUCUGGCUUCAGCUUUAACUUUGCUGCAAAAUCAGCAGGCUCAUCUGUUGAGAACAGCAACGUCUUUCCUACCUUAACUCCUGCCGGUUUUUCUUCUCUGGAGACGGAGAAGGAGUACCUCAAACAGUUACAGAUCCUCAAUCAGAACUUUUUGGACUGGAUUACCAAACACUUACAAGAUGAUCCCCACUGCAUUUUAUCCCCCGUUUUCAUCGAUUAUGAUAGGCAUCUCAAGGCACUUGAGGAUCAGUUUCCUAAUCGAACCACGGCGAAUGAAAAGGAUUCAGGCAACGGCUCCACCACUAACAAGCAUGGCUUAGGUAGCCUGUUACCAAAGCUUGUUCCCUCCACUGCUUCUCAAACGUUCCCGUUGGCCGCCAUCCACACUGACUCGCAACCGCUCACCCAUACUAUAUGUCCGGCCUCUUCGUCUUCCGUUACUACCAGCGUACAUAUUUCUGCGAAUCCUGGUUUUACCUUUGGUUUUCCACCUCUAACAUCUAAUACAUCGGCUCCGCCACUUUUCAAGUUUGGGACGUCGCUUCCCAGUGGCUCUCCAUUUGCUUCAACUGAUAACACUACGCCUGAGUGCACAUCGACAGCGGACGAAGACGGCGAAGUAUACAAGCCCCCUGAGCCUGUCGUCAAAGAGAUUAAAGAAGAAGGUUCUGUCUUCUCGACGCGAUGCAAGUUGUUCUACAAGACUGAUGUGGAAUGGAGGGAGCGUGGUGUCGGCAAUCUUUAUAUCAAGCCAUUAGUGGAUAACAAGUUCCAGUUGUUAAUUCGCGCCAACACUAAUCUCGGCAACAUCCUUCUUAAUGUGCUCAUCACAAAGGAGAUCCCCAUCAAACAACAGAAAAACAAUUUAACCUUGGUCUGUGUUCCACUGCCACCUUUGCCUGCAUCGGUGUCCAAGCCAUCUGAAGAUGACACUGCAGCCAAGCCAGUCCCCAUGCUGGUGCGCGUGAAGACGGAAGAAGAUGCUUUCGAAUUACUCAAAAAAUUCGACCACUAUCGCGGUGUCAACAAUUCGGAUAGUACGGCCUAACUGUUUGCCCUCCUCUUUGAAAAUAUGUUUGCACCCCUUUAACCAUACCACAUGGAGGCAUUGCGAUGCCGUAGACAAACAUGUUGCUGAUUUUUAAUGUUGCCUGGACUGUACCAGAUUGUUUCUUCAUUUUAUCCUAAACAUGUUGAUCCCCUAUGU